ACAUACAUCAUAUAAACGCACGUAAACAGUCUCUCUUAGAUCACUAAGUUGCGUCGAUUUGAUCAUGCACAACUGAAAACCCUAACCAAAUGAUCCCGCAACCUUCAUUGAAUCGCAGUCGAAUUCUUCGCUGAAAAUCUGUCUCGAAGAAAUCCAAAAACUUGGAGGAAAAGGAGUUUCAAAACCCUACUGAAUUCCAAUUCAGUAUUUUUUUUUCCCAUUCCACAAUCCGGAGCGAUGUGUAAUUGAAGGGGAAGCGACACUGAAUUGGCCGUAGAAGAGAGGAAUUGAGAAUGAAGAGUCUCUUCAAAUCGAAGCCCAAAACGCCAGCGGAGGUGGUUCGUCACACGCGCGAUCUGCUCAUUUUCGCGGACCGCGGUGGCGCCGAGGUUAAAGAAAGCAAGCGUGAAGAGAAGAUGGUUGAGCUGAGCAAACAUAUUCGGGAGUUGAAACACAUUCUUUAUGGGGACAGUGAAUCCGAGCCUGUAUCGGAUGCUUGCACGCAAUUGACUCAGGAGAUCUUUAAGGAAAACACUUUUCGACUGCUCAUUAUAUGCCUUCCAAAGUUGAACUUGGAGGCCCGUAAAGAUGCCACACAGGUUGUUGCGAAUCUGCAGCGGCAACAAGUUCAAUCGAAGCUGAUUGCUUCUGAUUACUUGGAGAAAAACUUGGAUCUCAUGGAUAUCUUAAUAACAGGUUAUGAAAAUACUGACCUGGCAUUACAUUACGGUGCAAUGUCAAGGGAAUGCAUACGCCACCAAUGUGUUGCGAGGUACGUCUUGGAAUCACAGCAUAUGAAGAAAUUUUUUGACUAUAUGCAGCUCCAGCACUUCGACAUUGCUGCCGAUGCUGCUGCCACAUUCAAGGAAUUAUUGACUCGGCACAAGUCAACAGUUGCUGAAUUUCUCUCUAAAAAUUAUGAUUGGUUCUUCCCUGCGUAUAACUCAAAGUUGCUGGAAUCUCAGAAUUACCUCACCCGGAGACAAGCUGUGAAGAUGCUCGGGGAUAUCUUACUUGAUCGGUCGAAUUCGUCUGUGAUGAUGCGGUAUGUUAGCUCAAGAGACAAUCUGAGGAUCCUCAUGAAUCUUCUACGGGAGUCGAGCAAGAGCAUUCAGUUUGAAGCGUUCCAUGUUUUCAAGUUAUUCGUAGCCAAUCAGAACAAGCCUCCGGACAUUGUUAGCAUCCUCAUCACAAAUAAAAGCAAGCUUCUCCGCCUCUUUGCUGAUUUUAAAAGCGAUAGAGAGGACGAACAAUUUGAAGCCGACAAAGCACAGGUUGUCCGAGAAAUUACGGCACUGGAGCCGGGGGAACAGGCGUGAUCGAAUGGAGGUCGUACUAUGAUUAUCAGCUGCUUUCGGUGUGUUGUAUGUGUAAAGUUUUUCCUUCCACACAUUGCACAUAUGGAUUGCUAAUUAAUAGGUUCUUAUUUAGGUUUAUUUUUUGGCUUCUAGUUUUUGGAAAAAUCUCAUUUUAAUAUGCAGAUGAUGGUUUUGAUUCCUCAGCUUUUGGAAAUUUUCGUUAUUAGAUUUUAAUGCAGAUAUGGUUACUUUUAUUUUA